AGUACAAUAUCUGUUUUACGCCAUCUGCAAAAAUUAUCACAUAUAAUUUUUAUUUAUUUUAUAUAGGUUUCUUCUCUAUCUUAUUUUUAUUCAUACAUCAUACACACAUGACAUAUUAGGAAAUUCAAAUUUAUAAUUAAUAUAAAAAAAGAAGAAAAUUGUUUAGUUUUUAUUAUACAUUAAAAGUGAUUAAAAAUAUUCUAAAGAAAGAUUAAUUUUGUGUAAUAAUUUAUAUGUGCAAGAUGCUAUUAAUCUAAAAUAAAUAUAAAUUAUUUACAGUGUUUGAUAAUAUGGCAAAAGAAUUGAAUGAAAUUGUUUUGAGCUACUACGAUUGUUUACUGAGGACUAGUGAUGUUGCAUUACUUCAAGGAUCACAUUGGUUGAAUGAUGUUAUAAUAGGAUUCUAUUUUGAAUAUUUAGAUAAUACAUUUAAUAAAAUUGAAAAGAAAGAAUUAUAUUUUAUAAGUCCGGAAUUAACACAAUUAUUAAAAAUGACAGAUCCAUCUCAAUAUAAUGUAUUUUUGGAUCCUUUGAAUGUAUCAGAAUGUAAAUAUAUAUUUUUUCCUUUGAACAAUUGUGAUAGGAAAGAUGCAGCAGGAGGAUCACAUUGGAGUUUAUUAGUAUUUUGUAAACAAGAUAAGACAUGUUACCAUUUUGAUUCAUCAAGAGGUUAUAAUAGUAGUAUUGCUUCAAAGUUUGCAAAGAAUGUAAUGAGUUGUUUACUUGAUAAAGAUGAAUCUAACAAGAAAUUUGUUGAUAUGGAUAGUCCACAACAAGAUAAUGGUUACGAUUGUGGUGUUUAUGUUUUAUGUUUAGCGGAUGUAAUUGCAAGGAAUGUUUUGGAAACUGAUAAUAUAAUUGAAUGUGAUUAUAAUUAUGCUAAAAAAUUAGUACAAACAAAACGUACAGUAUUAUUAAAUUUAAUAAAUGAUCUUAAACGCAAAUCAAACAUUGAUAAAUAAUAUGUAUAAUGUAUACAUAUAACUAUUACAUGUAAUUUUUUUUAUAUGUAAAUAUAUUGUAUAUGUAAUUAUUAUUUAGUGUUUAUAUUUAAUAUUUUGUUAAUUUUGAGCUGUGUUCAUGUAAAUAGAUAAUAUAGUUUAUGUAAAUAAAUAAAUAAAUAUUAAUAAUUAAAUAAGUA